GGGGAGUGCGGGCUUGGGCGUGCGGGGGUGCGGGUGUGAGUUUGUGUUUGUGCUGAAACGUUUAUUUGAUCGCGUGUAACAGAAGCCCAACCACUUCAUCUUUUGGCAGAGAAGACAAGCACAGGUACUUUCAAUCGAAUGUAACGCAGUCGGCCUGUAAACAGCAAAAUGUCCCGAUUCAGAAGCGUCACGUUCAUUCGAAGCCGAGAAGGCGCUGGUGCCGAUCAUGCUCACAGCAUCCAACAAUCGUCAUUAGAGAACGCUACAAAGCUGUCAGGAGACACUGCCAGGCAAAUUUACGAAGAGAUCAUAUCAUUGCCUUCUACGCAGCGUGUUUCGUGUGCAUCUACCCCUAGAAAACGCCAGCCCACUACCCGAAAGGCCCAAACGCAAAGUCAACCAUCGCCUCAACCUGUAGCGCCCGUAAAAGCCAGCCAACUGUUUACGGCAGCACAAAACAAUGACGUUGCAGAAAUCGACCGGUGUCUGGCCGCCGGUCUGGACGUCAACGAGACCGACUGUUUCGGAUGGACGCCCCUCAUAAGCGCCGCCUGCGACGGCGCUCAGGAUUCGGUUCGUUUCCUGCUGAAGAGGAACGCCGACAGACGGAUGCUGAACAAGCAGGGAAAGACGGCUAUGGAUCUGGCGGUGGUCAGGGGCCAUUUUAAGGUCGUUGAGCUCCUCUGCAAAACGGAGCGAGGAAUGGAGAACAAUCGGCGACGAUCGGACGGCGAACAGGCGGAACCGGAAAUGGACCGGUUCUGUGACGUGUGUCGGAGGACUGUGACGUCAUCUGAGCUGUCCAAUCACGACGCCUCCAUAGUGCAUCAGCUGAGCAGCGGCUGCUGUCAUGGAAACCGGACACAUUACGGCAUACCCGAAAGUAACGCCGGGUUCCGGAUGCUGCUGGGAAUGGGCUGGAACCGCGAACGCGGGUUCGGACCCCGGGAAUCCGGCAGAAAGUUUCCGGUGAAGACGGUACUGAAGCGAGACCGGUGUGGUCUUGGGGUUGGGGAGACGCGAGCUAGGGUGACGCAUUUUGGCGCGUGUGACGCGUCUGCUGUUGAGCGUGUUGAUCGGAAGACACACAGUGAUGGACUUAUCGGACACCGUAAGAAGACGAGGAAGGAGCGUGAGAGGGAAGCAGACAAGUGGAGAAGGAAAGAGAUUGCAUUCCGCCGAGAGUUUCAUUAGCGUGAUUUCCUUCGCCGUCCGCUGUUGCGCAGGCUGGGACGCCGUCGUUCGAGGGCGGUGCUUGAUUUACGAUGAAUCCGAUGGCUACGAAGGUGAAGCGGUUCCUGGCCGAGAUCGAAGCCACAGCCGAGACGAUCCUAGCCGACAAGGAGCAGCUGGUCGAGCUGGACAGACGACGUCAGAAGAACCGGGAGGCUCUCAGGUGUCUUCAAAAUCCCAUGGACGACUCCCGCAGGCCCUGGGUCUGCAUUGGGAACAUGUUUAUGAAGAUCCCCAAGGCUAGGACAAAGGAACUCCUGGUGCAAGAGCAAGAAAAGCUGGAGUCUGAAAUCGGCGCGCUGCGUGCAAAGCUGAAGAAGAAUGUGCAGCUCCUGCGGGAGAUGGAGGGGCGCUCGGAGGUGCAAGGGUUCGAUUUGGAACCUUUGGGGAGGGACGAGAUGAGGGCCAUCGACAAGGUCCUUGCCCCGUAACCCUUGCAGCUUGGACACCUUUCCUGCGUGUCUUUCAAGUUCGACUGUUUUCUACUCAUCUCAGCGGACAUGACCAAAUAAAAUUAUUUAUUUUCCUAA